CUUAGAGUUACUGGAUACAGACAUGGAAAAACACAGAAUAGGCAUUUUCAAUGACAUUGCCUUCCAUACUCUUAUCCAAACUAUCCCUAGCGACGACUAUGUUCCUGGCACAACUGUUUUUGAAUCAUCUGGAAAUAAAAUGGCUCUUUAUGUAUGGCUUAAUCGAACAGCUGUCACACAUAGGUUUAAAGCCAGAUUCACUUCCGAUGAAAAAGGAUUAUGUGGUGGAGACCUUUCUGGAAUGAACCAAAUUCUUGACUCGCCAGAACUAAAUCAAUCUUAUUCGUGUGAGUGGCAUUAUAAUGGGCAAGUAAAUACAGACGACACAGUUACAACAAAUACUUCUUACAACUCGAUAUUUUUUACUGCUAAUCUCAGCUCAUCGGUUACUAGAACAGGCGGUCGAUGUCGUUUCUUCGAUCCCCAAAUCAUAAUCAAAACAGGGAUUAGAAAUAGAUUUAUCCGAAAUAUAUGUGGAAACACGCAAACCUCAUUCAUUAUACCGUCACCGGUAAUGGACAUCACUGCAAUUAAAAGUAAAUCUAGUUCAUUCAGCUUCCAUUUGGAUUGGAAAGGUCAACCAUGUGGUGGUACUAUUAAAGUGGGAGAAGACCCUGUUAACAUUUUACAAAUACCUGAUUCUUAUAAUGACCCCAUUAAUUGCGCUUGGAUCAUUGAAGGGUCUACCAAUAGGGUGGAAAUUAAAACAGAAGGGUCAUUUAAAUUAGAUUGUGACGAUGAAUCUGUGAAAAUUAGACCAAGCUUGAGCCAAAAUGCACCUAUAAUUGGAGAUUAUUGCAAAUCAAAAGUAUUAGAAACUCCAUUAAUCACUCAUUUCAGUAACGUGUACAUACAAUAUCAGAAGAAAGCAAACGUCAGUACAAGUUUAAGGCUCAUGGUCCGAUCUGUGACCAACCAAUGCGGAGGUUUUCUAAGUUCUUAUCAGAACUCAUUUGUAUCUCCAAAUUACCCUAAAAAUUAUUCACCUAAUCAAGAAUGUCCUUGGGAGAUACAAGUUGAUCUAGGUUUUAGAAUUUCUCUUAGAUUUGUUGAAAGAUUUGUGAUUGAAGAUCGUGUUAAUUGCACUAAAGAUGCUGUCAUAAUUUAUGACUGGAAAGAAAAUGAGUACCAGCAGAUAGCUCGGGUGUGUGGUCGGCAGACACCGCCACCAUACAACUCAACGUACAACCGCAUGAAAGUGGUCCUAAGAACGGAUGCGGACACCAAUCUGGAUGGAUUCAAAGCUACUUGGGAUUCUAUAUGUGGUGGAAAUUAUGUAGCAACUAAAAAAGAACAGAUUUUGUACAGUCCAGGUUUUCCUUAUGGUUACCAUCCGAGUAUGAGCUGCAAAUAUGAAAUAACAGCACCAGGUGGCCGAGUAGUAAUUAAGUUCCUCGAGUUUGAAUUGGAAGGCACUUUCCCUGACUGUAGAUCUGAUAAUGUUACGGUGUCGUCACAAUCAGAUUACAGCUAUACAUACGAAAUUUAUUGCGGCAGCAAAAUACCCCCUGUCUUCACCCUCUCUGAAAAAGUAACAUUGGAAUUUAAUAGUGAUCGCUACAUACAGCGAAAAGGAUUUAGAAUAUCCUACUUUAUAUUCGAAUGUGGAGGUAAAGUUAAUGAGAGUACUAUAUUGUCGUCAUCGCUUUCUGACACGUAUGACCAAAAUAUGAACUGCACGUGGUUCAUUGAAGCACCACCAACAAAGAUAGUGGUGUUGAAAUUCCCUUACAUAGACGUAGAAAGCAAUACUGAUUGCUACAGCGAUUAUGUCGCCGUAUUUGAGGGGUCUAAAAUUGAUACUGACAAUCGUUUAGCAAUGUUAUGUGGACAUAUUAACACAACGACGACGCUCAGGAGUAGAGGAAAUAAGAUGUUGUUACAGUUCGUCUCGGACAUGAGCGUGAGUUACCGAGGUUUCAAAGCCCAAGUUUACUUUAGUUAUUCCGAAGCAGCGCAAUGCGGCGGACAAAUAAAUUUAACAACCGGAUCAUCACACGUUUUCAAAUCUCCUUUAAUGGGCCACCCCGUUUAUGAGAACUAUUUAGACUGUUUCUGGACUAUAACAUCACCGCCUGACACAGUAAUUAAAAUUGAUUUUACUUCAUUCCACGUGUCUCCUUGCCAAAAUGUCAAUCAAACUGCUAUCGGCUACAGUAAGUGUGAUUGUGACUUUGUUGAAAUAAGAGACGGUAUCAACCCUAACAGUUUGGUAAUAGGAACUUAUUGCGGGCACACCCUCCCUCCACAACUAAGUUCUUCUAGCAAUAUAAUGGGCGUGACGCUGUCCACAGAUAGUGAGAUUGGAAGCCAAGGCUUCGUAGCCACGUUGACGGUACAGCCAUCAGUGUGCGGACCAUCCGUCAUUACAGUCAGUCACACACCAAAACGUCUGAAGUCCCCAGGAUAUGAUGCGGGAUCUAUCCCUCGAGGUCUUCACUGUCUCUAUCACCUAGACAACAGUGAGUCCCCAUAUAGCUAUAUUAUUUUAACUAUUAAAGAUUUAGACCUACAGCCCGCCGUCACUGACAGUGCGAACGUAACGCGCUGCAAUAGAGACAAGUUGUUUAUCUCUACCAGUCCCAACAAUCCCAAUGUAACCAUCGGAAAAGAUUUCAUCAUAAACUAUCAAGGAUCAGAUAUCAUCAGUCGUAAUUCUUUCUUCGACAGCGCUCUUUAUAUUCCUCAAAUAUACGAGUUUUGCGGGCGUAAAGAACCUUCGGAUUUAUAUCUCAAUGGAGCUACGAAACUCAAUAUAAUCACGUCAUCGGAAAGUGAUUCAAACGUUCACAAAGGAGUGGAAAUGGAAGUGGUAUUUGCAGGAUUCUGUGGGAGAAACUAUACCGAACCGUACGGCCGCGUACAGGCUGCGUAUGCUGGCUACUCCGAUACUACACUAAGCGACUGUUACACUUUAAUAACUGCCCCGGAUAACUAUACAAUAUCCGCAUAUAUAUUUAACGCUGCACCAGAUUACUGGAACGAAAACAGCUACGUUGAUGUAUUUGAUGGAAAGGAUUCAAAUGCACCUAAACUAGUACGAAUUGCUACGAGCUAUGAGGGCAAUAAGCCUAUUUUCUCAACCGGUAGAUAUCUGCUAUUGCAUAAUCAUGAAAAUAACGGCGAUCGUGUUACAUUCGAUUUGGUUUAUGUUACAACUAAUAAAGGACGCGGCUGUGGUGGAAAACUACAUACUGUAGAAGGUAAAGUUACCAGUCCUUUAUACCCCAACGUUUACAGGCGUGUGUCGACCUGCGAAUGGGAGCUUGAGACUCCUGUAGGUACUCAUUUAUUGUUACGAUUCCCUGUAUUCGAUUUAGGAAUUACAUGCGACCAGAAUUACGUCCAGCUUGUUGAUAGCAAUGGAGAGGUAGUACGGACAUUCUGCGAGGAAAUGCCAGCAGACUACACCAGCAACAAUAAUUAUGUAAAGAUAGUAUUUGUCACCACCAUGAACAAUGGCGGGACUGGUUGGGUAGCUGAGUUCAUAGGUAUUAUCUAAAACUUGUUUUGUAUAAUAUGUUCGGUUUUUAAACCUCGGUUUAACAAUGAUCGGUAUUGUGACGGAAAUAACGUUAGGUAUAUUUGAAUGAAACUUAUAAGUAUACCUACCUACAUACAUAAUAAUGUAGUUUAUUAGUUUGUAAGCGGCAGGCAUAUAUAAAUAUUGUUAUAGAGAAUGUGGCAAAUAAGAUUACUUUACAACAAAAUGACCUUGUAGACGAAAUAAAAAAAAUUGAAAAAUAACAAUACAAUCAAUGUAGCUCUAUAUCAUGUAUUGUAGCUGCUGUUUAAUUGUUUUAUGUUUUGUUUCAUAACAGUUAUACUUGCAUACC